CUGGCCGGCGCAGCAGUCAGAGCAGGCUCAGGGCUCGGCAGCAGCUUCAGAUGGAGUUGGCGCGCAACGGGAGUAGAGCUGUGGACUGGAUCGGCUGCUCUGCGCUGCCUUGAUGAACUCGCCCUGGUUCUGCACACAGCGCAGCAGCCCGUCAUGGGGGACGGUGGCGCGUCUUCGCCGGUGAACAUCCAGAAUGGCACUUGGAGCGAGGCGUCCGACGCGCCGGACUCCGCUGCCGCAGCCGCAGCCGCGUCCGAGCAGUGGAUGGCGGGGAUGAGCGUGGUGAUGGGUUUGAUCGUCCUGUGCAUCGUGUUCGGGAAUAUCCUGGUCAUCGUGGCCAUAGCCAAGACGCAGAGGCUGCAGACUCUCACCAACGUGUUCAUCGUGUCGCUGGCGAGCGCGGACCUCAUCAUGGGGCUGCUGGUGGUGCCGUUCGGUGCCGCGCUCGAGGUGCGCGGCUCGUGGCUGUACGGCUCCUUUUUCUGCGAGUUCUGGAUCUCCGUGGAUGUGCUGUGCGUCACGGCCAGCAUCGAGACCCUGUGCGUAAUCGCCAUAGACAGGUACGUGGCCAUCACAUCACCUUUCCGCUACCAAAGCUUGCUGACCAAAGCUCGGGCCAAGGCGAUGGUGUGCGUAGUGUGGGCCAUCUCCGCGCUGGUCUCCUUCCUGCCCAUCCUCAUGCACUGGUCCAGGGACAGCGUGGACACAGCCUGCUACGAGGACCCGGAAUGUUGCGACUUUGUCACCAACAGAGCAUAUGCCAUCUCGUCGUCCAUCAUUUCUUUUUACAUUCCUCUCCUGGUUAUGAUAUUCGUUUACGCGCGCGUGUACAGGGAGGCGAAAAAGCAGCUGAGGAAGAUCGACAAGUGCGAGGGCAGGUUCCACAACACCUUAACCGGGCUGACUUCUAAGUGCAAAAAGAGGCCGUCCAAGAUCCUUGCGCUCAGGGAGCAGAAGGCGCUCAAAACUCUGGGCAUCAUCAUGGGGACGUUCACCCUGUGCUGGCUGCCCUUCUUCAUCGUCAACGUGGUGCGGGUGUUUUGCGCAGAGGUGGUGGACAAGAAUCUGUUCGUGUUCCUGAACUGGUUGGGGUACGUGAACUCGGCGUUCAAUCCCAUUAUUUACUGCCGGAGCCCGGACUUCAGGAAAGCUUUCAAGAGGCUGCUGUGCUGCCCGAGGCAAGCCGACCGCAGGCUGCACAUCAGCUCCUGCGACCUGUCGCGGUGCUCCGGCGGGUUCGUGUCCCCGCUGGAGCCCGGCACGUUGGGGAUGUGGACGGACUGCGCCGGUUUGGACAACAGUGACAGCAGUCUGGUGGGGACUACGAAGCUGUCUCACUCUGAAUCACAACUGUGAUGGAAAAAAAAAAUAAUAAUCAUAAAGUUUGAAUGAGGAGGAUUAUGGCAAAAUGGACCCAAAAUCGGACUUUUGCGCAAGAGCCAUAGGACCUUAUGGGUGUUUUUGUUUUUGUUUUUUUUACUGUUGUUGUAUUUUUAUUUCUGCACCAGUGAACUCCAAAAUCAGGCGACAUUAUCAGAAAUAUAUUUCAAAGCCAUAUUUUUAAAAACCGGCAUAUGGAACAGUGCUUUUAUGUUUUUUUGUGCACAUCUCUCCAGGACUCCGAUUUACCAAAUUAGCUCAUAUCGCCCUUAAAGUUUGGUGGACAGCUGCAAAAAGUCGAUAAUAAAUCAUGCUGAGGAACAGGAUUCAAUGGAUUUUACGCAUCUAAAGAGCGCAUCCCCUCUUGUGAUUUAUCCCUUUUAUCUUUUAAUUUCUGACUUUCUCGGAUAAGCAGUCUAUGUGGAUGAGAAUAAAGGGGAAAUCGGUAUCCCAUAAGUUAAAGAGGUAACCAUAAAGCAUUUGUCGAAGUGACUGUACUGUAUUUAUAUAGCUCACCAUGAUUUUUUUUUUUUUUUUUACCUCACAGCCAUCGGCAAGUGCAAUUUGUAAAACAGGUAUUUGUUUAUAUUAAACAUUAAUGUAAAAUAGCCGUAGAGCCUAUUUAUUCCGCGCUGUCUUUUUGCUACUAAGCGAGCAGCUCCUUUGUAAAUAGUAUGUGAUGAUUAGUACCGAAGUGAGGAAUUUGAGCCUCUCUCUCUGUCUCUGGCUUUACAUGCUAUUGUGAGGUGGUGUGUUGACGUCUGUGAAAAUAAAAGGAAGUUUCACUGUUAA